UCUGUUAUCAAUAAUUAUAAACAUAUUGUACACUAUCUUAAUUAUUGGAGUCUCACGAUUUAUUCAUUAUUGUGAAAUCCCAAUUGUCGUAACCACCGCUUUUUUAUAAAUUACUGCCAGUACGUGUUGAAAUUGUUAUACAAAAUGACCACAAUCAAAAGUAAAACCUUUAAGUGGUCGUUGGAUUUUACCAGAAACAAACAUGAAAAAUCAACGGAUAACGUUAGUCCACCAGGAUAUAGUCAAUUAGCUGGACAAAAUGGUACUGAAUUGACAAGAGAUAGUGAAUCAAGUCGACUAAUUAUAAAAAAGUCUUGGGAUUUAGCCUUAGGACCACUAAAACAAGUACCCAUGAAUUUAUUUAUUAUGUAUAUGGCUGGAAACUCCAUUUCCAUAUUUCCUAUCAUGAUGGUUGGUAUGUUGAUAGUAAGACCAGUCAAAGCAUUAUUUUCAUUACAAACAACAUUUAAAACCAUUGAAGGAACUCAAGCAUGGGGUCAAAAAUUUAUAUUUUUCAUUGGAAAUUGCGUUAAUAUUGUUUUAGCGUUAUAUAAAUGCCAGUCUAUGGGUUUAUUACCAACACAUGCAUCAGAUUGGCUUGCAUUUAUCAAUCAACCUACUAGAAUGGAAUAUUCUGGAGGUGGUUUUGUUUUAAGUUAAUCAAAAAUGUAAUUAAAGGAAUUUAUGAGCUAUAUUAUGAAACUAAAAUGACAAAUUAACUGCCUCGUGUGGAAAUUGUGAUUAUAUUUCAAAAUUUAUUUUAGGUAUAAUGUGUAUGUGUAUUGAAUCAUUUAACAACAUAGAAUAUUUUCGAUAAUUUUGUAUAAUUACCACAUUUUUUUAAAUUAAAUUAUUUACUCAAGAA